AAAAAGUCAAUGGUUUGUGACUUUAGUCUUUAGGUUUCAACUUUUCAAGUAGAAUUAAAUUUAAAGUCUAAACAUUGCAAAAUUACCAAUAAUUGCACUUUGAUUUGAUUUACGAAAUAUACCUACCUUAUCUGUACCAAGAGAACAUUAUAAAGAUAACAUAAAAUAUCAACAUGCUGAAAUAACUGGCCCAGGAAAUGAGUUUCAUAGUGCGGUGACUUUUAUAGUCUUGUUAUAGUUACCUUGGCUCUUGAGUUAUCAAUAUGAAAAGUAGUAAACGAAGACUUCAGGCUCUGGCAGAAGGAUCUGAAACGAUUCCUAACUACCUUAAAAUGGAAGAUUCUGAAACAUCGAUUCCUCCCGUAUUUAGAUCACGAUUGCACGAACUUUUUUCGCAGAUAGAAAAGGAGUUUGAUUUGCUAUACACUGAAAAUUUAAACCUUCAAGAGAAGAUUGACAUAUUGAGUGAAAAACUUGAAAGGGAAAGUUAUGUUGGAGAUAAACAGAAUGUUGAUUAUAUUGAAUUUGAGUCUACUGGGAAAAAUUCGAAAUCCAAAUUGUCUCAAAAUUCUCAAAAGGUUAAAACUAGCCAUAAACUCAGAGUCCAGACAAGUAAAAUUGUAUCCAGUUUCAAAGCACCAUCAUACAGCUGCCAAUUGAUAAGAGAAUUUACUGGGCACAAAGAUGGCAUAUGGGAUGUCACAACUGCGAGACCAGGACAAUCGCUGAUUGGAACAGCAUCAGCAGAUCAUACAGCCUGUGUAUGGAGUGUGGAUUGGGGGAAGUGCUUGCUACAAUACACUGGACAUUCUGGCUCUGUCAACUCAAUCAAAUUCCAUCCAAGCCGAGACAUUGCACUCACAAGCAGCGGGGAUAACACAGCACAUGUUUGGCAAGCCGCCGUCAAUUGGGACUUACCCAGAGGUCAAUCUUCUGAAGAGGAGUUAGAAGGUGGUGGAGAGGAAAGUCUUGGUGAGGGCGACAGGCCAGAAGUCCUGCGAACACCGUUAAAGGAAUUGGGUGGACACUCUGGUGUCGUGGUCGCAGCUGACUGGCUCACCGGCGGUGAUCACGUCAUCACAGCCUCCUGGGAUAGAACUGCAAACCUGUAUGAUGUAGAGACUGGAGAUUGUCUUCAGAUAUUAACAGGUCACGACCACGAGUUGACCCAUGCGUCUGCGCACCACAACUCUCGGUUAGUGGUGACUGCUUCAAGAGACACCACAUUCCGUCUGUGGGACUUCAGAGAACCGAUACAUUCUGUCUCCGUGUUCCAGGGACACACAGAGAGUGUCACCUCCGCAGUAUUCACACGAGAAGAUAAAGUCGUGUCUGGGUCAGAUGAUCGAUCUGUUAAGGUGUGGGACGUACGCAACAUGCGGUCAGCCCUGGCCACCAUCAGGUCGGACUCUUCAGUGAACCGCGUGUCCGUGAGUGGCGGCGGUAUGAUCGCUAUCCCGCAUGACAACCGCCAAGUGCGGAUCUUCGACCUGCAAGGACAGCGACUGGCCAGGUUGCCCCGCUCCAGCAGACAGGGGCAUCGCCGCAUGGUGACGUCAGUGGCGUGGGCGGAAGACAUAUCUUGCGGCAUCAACUUCUUCAGCUGCGGAUUCGACCGGCGCAUCCUCGGCUGGGCAAUACAGCCCUCCAAGGACAACUGAAUGUUCCUCGAAUUGCCUCCAUGUGAUACUCUUCACCUUCUGCAUCUUCGAAUUAAUAAUAAGAAAAAUAAACAGUUUCCAUGUGAUAACCUCUUAUAAAUCGAUGCACGGUGGCUGCACGCACGAAAGGAAUGUCUGCCUGACCUAGGUUAUGUUAAAAUUUAGACUAAAUUAUUAAUUUGACUCAUUUAUAUGAUCGUAUAAAAAUAUAUUUUCUCAUUAGGUUAGCACGUAGAAUUAUCGCACGACUUAACAGACAACCAAUAGUUUUUGUUUACCUACCCUCACAAUGUAUUACAACAAUAAGUCUUAAUGACAUUAUAAACUGUUCCGCUAGAUAUUGUUGAAGUUAUACUUCUUUAGGCGCGUUAUGAAAAUAUGAUGAGAGUGAAAUUUUAAGAUGCGCGCGCAUCACUGUAACAUAAAGUAACAGGGUGAAGUUGGUUUCUAAAAUUUUCUGACGUUUGCGAUAUUUGUAUUUUUUUUUUGGUUACUUCGUCCAUUAUUAGGAUAGGCAAAGGGUUCAAGCCCGUACAGCCGUAUUCGUUAUUUAAUAAGUAAUUGCGAAAGCCAUCGUUGCAAGAUUUUUACAAUGUUGUUCUGUCUACAAACGUAGAAUAGCAGGAGGAAUAAAUAAUUUAAAUGAUUUUUGCUUUGUUAGGCCAAAGAAGUAUAACUUCUGGCGUGCAUACAGAAGUACACACACACACACUUUUCUAAUACUUGUGACACCUUCGAACUUAUAACGACAUGCCUAAUAAAUGACGAAUGUUUUCAGAUACAUAAGAACACAGAUCUUACAUAAAUAGGUUAUAACUACUAAAUUUUGCUUACUUUGUCUCUGUGUAGUCUGAUUAUAUUGCGGGCAAACCUCUCUAAGGCGCCAAUCAUAUAAUCGAAUCUAGAUCUGUUACAAUUAUAUAAUAUUAUAAGAUCAUUAAAAUCUCGUUUGAUGCAUAUAAACCACAGAUAUUGAUGUAUGUCAGUGCCGUCUGUGCUAUAGAUUUAAUAACUUUAAGGCCCUUCUAUGGCGUAUUUCUUAUAGAACGAAUAACUAUAAUUAUCUAUCGCUUACGCCAAUAAGAAAACUUGAUGUAGCUAAGUUGAGAGUUUAUAAAAUGUCACUUAUCGUUAGUAUAGCUUGUCAAUACAUAUCUAAGCAACAUUAUCUGCCUAUUCAAGUAUAUCGUAGACAUAAGGGAAUAAAAAAAUGAUAAACUUCAUGUCGCGUAGUAAAAGAUGAAUAUAUAAAGUUUGUGUGAAAUAACAAAAUGUUGCAUAUUUUCGAUCAGGACCUUUAACAAUACAUAUCAAACAUAUAUAGCCGAGAACUUUUGAAAAUUACACGUGCUAUUUUGCAGUAUAUUGCAGUACAAUAUUUUUUUUUUCAAAUCAAAUCAAAUCAUCUUUAUCUGCAAGAUAAGGUAAUAAUAAGAUGUUGUUGGCUUAUAAUUAACAGCUGCUCUUAUCCUAACCCAUAAGGCAUGCAAACUUAUAGUGUAGUAGAAUACAUAGUCAGUUCACGUUUUAAUUUCUGUAACAAUUAUAAUAUACUGUACUAUACUAAAAAAGAUAUACAUCCCAAGAAAACUUAAAUUAACAUAACAUCAUAUUGCCCGUUUACAAUUAAUAUAAAUUAAAUACCUAACAAAAUGAAAAACUCUUCAUAUUAAUUACGUUUUAAUACGGAUGUACACUUAUAAUACGUAUCCAGGUUUCUUCCCUCACAUUUCUGAACUUUCAAACUGUAAAGUAAAGAUAAAGUAUUCAGUAUUCGUUUUAAAUUUACUAAAAUUUGUCUUAUUUAGCUUAGCGUUGCAUACUAAAUGUAUUUUAAUCUGUAUAGUAAAAAUAUAUAUAAGUAAUACAUAUUUUUCUAUAUACAAGAACUAAUGUUGUAUAAUAUUAACUUGCAGAUCUUGAAAGUAUUAAUAAUUAACUAUCCUUAGGUCCUGUUUAACAUUUACAAGUAAAGUUACGAAUAGGUUAUUUGCUACUCAUCUAUCGAAUAAAUGUAUCAUCACUAGUCUAACAAUGUUUAAAUAGUGUUAACUAGCAGAUGAAGCGCAAUUUAAAUUAUAUGAUGGAUUUAGUAGCAAAGGUCAUUCUUAGGUUCUGCCUAUUUGUAGUGCUCCUAUCACUAAUAUUUUUUGAACUUUUUUGAAGUGAAAACUUCUUUAGUGGCGUUGAGCACUUUUCUUGUGCUGGGUAUAAAA